UGCGCAACACUACUGGCGAACAAAGCUGGUGCUACACCGAGAUUUCACUGACCCGUGAUCCUUUUCCAGGUGAAGCUGACGGCCUCGGCAACAGCGCCAGCCACGUGAGCGCCCAAAGAGUGGCCGAUGAACCAGAGGUCGUCGCUGCACAGACCCUGCUGCACCAAUGAGUCUAUCGCCUCGCCGACAGCCUUGCCCACCUGGAAGGAACGCUGCAUUAGCCAGAGGCGGAUCCAGAGGUGUGACUUCAGUGAAGCCAAUGUGUGCCGACAAAUUGAUGAACACAUUGAGACUAUCUGUGAGACUGCCCCAGAAGUAGCCCAUGCUGCACAAGCUGUUCAACCCCUCCAUGUCUGGGACACAGUUAAAACAAAUCUGCAGUUCUUGAUGGACAAUUGUUCGGGUACUUGGGACCGAACAUGCCUAGACAUUUCUGUCAAUUUGAUUGAUGCGCUACAAAAGCGCUUACCAGCCAAUGUGGAUAGGUCUCAGUUAGCACCCUGCACUCCUGUUAAGCUGCAGCAACGUCCUCAGGGCAUUGAGAACAUAAGGACACCAGAUACUGUCCCUCGUAUGGCCCCUGAUGCUAUCCCACUUACUCCACACAACAUGAGAGUUACUCCGCAGAGAACACCUCAGCGCAAGCCUGCAUUCCAUUCCACAAAGAACGUAGCUGCCAAACGAUCCUUGACUCUUGGGAAGCCAGACCAAGCGGAGAGCGAGACAAUUUUAGAAACACUCUUGAGUAACGGACAGAGAACAUUGCAAAAAACUGACACGACUGACAUGGACGAUAAAAUUCAUGACGCUGACUUGAACGUGGCUGUCGAGAAGCUCUCCUCAGUGGUCCUGAAUUUUGCAGGAAUGAAGUUCACUGAGGAGGACUAA